CCAUCCUCAAAUUCAAAACUAGACCAAAACCUUAUUACAUUUUUAUUUCUCAUCCCAAAAUCUCCAUAUUCAAAUAUUUCAAACCUAAUCGUCAAUUUAAUCUUUAUAGACAUUCUCUAGUCUACCCGCAAAUCAACGAACAAAAUGGAUCGGCAUCAAGAAAUCGAAAUACCCCCAUUCUUUCUAUGUCCAAUCUCGAUGGACAUCAUGAAAGACCCGGUAACAGUUUGCACAGGAAUAACUUACGAUCGUGAAACCAUUGAAAAAUGGGUGUUCAUAAACAACAACACAACUUGUCCCGUAACUAAACAAUCCCUUAAUAUCAACACUAACUUCGACACUUUUCUUACACCUAACCAUACACUUAGACGACUCAUUCAAUCAUGGUGCACUCUCAACUCUUCUUAUGGAAUUGAACGUUUUCCUACCCCUAAACCCCCCAUCACAAAAUCCCAUAUCUUAAAAAUCAUAAAUGAAGCUUCUAACACACCCUCCCCAUGCCACUGUCAUAGUCAUCAACCUAAUAUCUCGCACAAAUCAGUAUCCCCUUGUAAGAUAUCCAACUCCCUAACCCAACUUAACUCGAUCUGUUUAUCUGGUAAUACAAACAAACGUUGCUUGGAAUCGACACCUGAGGUUGUCGAAUUCUUAGUUCGAGUCAUCACCCAAAGUCAUAAACAUGAUGAAGAAGCAUUUCAAACAUUAUCUCAUCUUCAAAUAUCCGAUGAGAUGAUACUAAAAAACGUGCUUAAGGGUGGAGCUUUGUUAGAUUCAAUUACAUCAAUAAUGAAGAAAACUAGCUAUGAUUUAAGGUCAUAUGCUAUAUUAUUAAUGAAACAAUUAGUUCAAGUAGCCGAACCAGUACAAUUAGUUUCAUUAAAACAAGAUCAUUUUGUUGAAGUAGUUCAAGUUAUUAAAGAUGAUAUAUCACUUAAAACGACAAAGCUAGCUCUCAACAUACUCGCAUUGGCGUGUCCAUGGGGGAAGAACACGAUUCGAGUUGUCGAGGCGGGUGUUGUACAUGUGUUGAUCGAUUUAUUAGUCGAGAGUAAGGAUAGGAGGCUGAGUGAGUGUGUGCUUGUAGUGUUGGAGUUGGUUAGUGGGUGUGCUGAGGGGAGGGCUGAGUUGUUGGGUCAUGCUGUUGGUUUAGCUGUUGUGUCUAAGAAAAUACUUAGGGUGUCGCAUUUUGCGACAGAGAAAGGGGUGAAAAUUUUGUUUGCGGUUUCUAAAUUUUCUGCAAGUUCGUAUGUUUUGCGGGAGAUGCUAGAGAUCGGGGUGGUGGCAAAGUUAUGCUUGGUUUUGCAAAUGGAUUGUGAGGCUAAGACUAAGGAGAUCGCUAGGGAUAUUUUGAAGCUGCGUUCUAAGGCUUGGAUGAACUCUCGUUGUGCUCCUUCUCAUUAUUUUAAAUUUUUAAGAAUGGUUGAAUAGGAAUUGUCUCAUGGGAAUGAUCUUAUGUUUGAAAUAUUUGUUUGUUUUCAUUUGAUUCAUUUUUUGGUGUAUAUAUAAUUAAUACAAUUCAUUAACUAUUAAAUUUUGUGA